AUGACUGCGCUGAAAGAAUUUGUUCUUUAUGGGUGCAUUCGAGUAAAAUUUCUCCCAGAGUUUGGGAAAAAUAUGAAAAAUCUAGAAACGCUUGAUGCUGGGGAGACAAAUUUAGUCAAACUUCCUGAGUCACUUGGCUUGUUGACUGGUCUUAAAACUCUGAAAUUAAGGGGUUGCAAAAAUCUUGUUUGCCUUCCUCAAAGCAUUCACAAUUUGAAACGUCUUUUACUUGUUGAUAUUACUGGGUGCUCAAAAUUUGCUAGAUUGCCAGAGAAGUUGAAUGAAAUUGAAGCCUUGGAGGAGCUGCACGCAAGUGAAACCGAUAUAAUUGAAAUACCGUGUUCCAUUGGUGGCUUAGAAAAACUCAAGAAAUUGUCAUUCCAUGGGUGCAAAAGGUCAACGUCGAACUCUUGGAGCGUGAUUCUUCCGUUGAAGCACAUGUUUUGGAGGCAUUCAAUUCAUAAGGGCUUAAAAUUGGCUGCUUCAAUGUUCAAUCUUAAAUCACUGACAAAAUUGGAUUUAAGCUAUUGCGGUAUUGAUGAUGGAUCCAUUUUGGAUGGCUUUGGUGGCUUAUCAUCGUUGUGGAGGUUAGAUCUAAGUGGAAACAAGUUUAAGAAUCUACCUGUUGGUUGCAUAUCUAAUCUUUUGAAUUUGGAAAUUCUAAGGAUAAAUUCUUGCUCAAAACUUCAGUCGUUGCCGCAGAUUCCGCCAAGAUUAGGUGAGAUAAGUGCCGAAGAAUGUGAUUCAUUAGAAACAAUGGAAGGUGAACAAUUAUUACAUCUCUUUGCUUCAACGGACCAGGCGCGACUACUUGGGCGACAUGAUCAUUUCUCGCUGAUUAUUCCUGGAAGGGAAAUAUCGCCAUGGUUUGAGAAUCAAACCGAUCUUUAUCUGAAUCAUAACGGCGAAGCUCUAGUCAUGAUAGACAUACCUCCUUGGGAAGAAAUGUGGGGAAUUGGAUUAUGCACUCUUGUAGAAAGUGACUUCUAUUCCAGUGAAGAGGUGAUGAGGUUUUUUUGGUGGCGGCAGAAUCCUGAUUUUCUUGGACCCCUUGAUGUCAAACACUGUUUUAUGUCUAAAAUUAAGGGUGAGAAGAAAAGAAAGUCUUGUCACCUCUGGGUCAUAUUUUGGAAGCUCCCAGAGGAUUUCUGUGAUAUCGUGCAAUUAAGGAAUUACACUCAUAUUCCCUUCGCAUUGGGGUAUUCCUGUUACGAUGCAAAAGUUUCGAUGAAGUGUGGAUGGCGUGUCAUCCGCAAAGUUGAUGUUGAAAACAACGGCAGCUCUAAGAGUCAAAGCCUCCUUCCAAUAUUGGAACAACAAAUGGACCGAGUAAGUCACCUCCAUUAA